CGCAACACACAUAACUUCACGCUGUGACAUGCUGCAGGCACGACUGUUUGCCUCCAUACGUCCACGGCCUGCAUUCACUGCUGUGGCGUUCCGUGUAAAUGCCUUCCACUCUAGGCCGCAGGCAGGUGGAACUGCCAAUGUCUUUCGCCGCUCUGGUCUUUUGGCGAGUUCGUUAAAAGCUGCGCCGAAGAAUAAAAGUACCCUUGCGAACUCACCCAUACUUUUGACUCUUCGGCGGACGAUCACUACGGAGAGUGAGGUGAUUACACCAGUGUCGAAGGCCGAGGCCUGGAAGAGACUUGGUAUUGCUGCUGCUGGCGUUGCUGGGACGGUCGUAGCAGUGAAUGUCAUUCUGAAUAGGGAGACUCGAGAUGCACUGUCUCCUGCCGAAAGUUCGUAUCUUAAUGACAGUUUCAAGUAUAUGGGAGGAGGAUUGGCCAUUACGGCUGCUGUGGCGCGCUCGAUGUUCAAGAACGGCUUUGCGUUCCGUGUAAUGUCUGCCAAUCCUUGGGUUGUCCUUGGUAUUAGCUUAGCUGGUAGCAUUGGUUCUAUGCUUGGUGUCUUCUAUACUUCGCCGGAGAACACGGUCUUGAAGCAUACCUUUUGGCUAGGAUUCAAUGCCUGUCAAGCAGCGACGCUUAGUCCGUUGUUCUUCCUAAAUCCAGCAAUUCUCUCUCGUGCUGCCCUAUACACAGCGGGUGUGCUGGGAUCCUUGUCAUACGUCGGAGCAACUGCAACGACUGACAAGUACCUAUACUUGGGUGGUCCUCUUCUAGCUGGAAUAACAGUCGUCGCACUCUCCUCACUCGCACCUCUUGCUCUUCCGCUCGGUAUGCGCAGCCUUGCUAUUACCGAGGCGAUUACGCUGUACGGUGGUCUUGCUGUCUUCGGUGGUAUGGUGCUUUUUGAUACACAGAAGAUACUAGCACAUGCACGUGCGGCUGAAGCUGGGGUCAUCCCACGCGAUGCUAUGAGAGAGUCGAUUGCUCUCGAACUGGACUUUAUUAACAUAUUCAUCCGUAUCGUCCAAAUUCUUGCUAUGCAGGGAGGCGGUAACAGAAGGAAGUAACUGGACUAGCUAGUCAUUUUCGAUCGCCAACUUCUCUUCUAAACUUUUUUCUUUUCGUUACGAAGCAAGCUACCUUCCGACAAACUUCAUUGUACUAGCUCGUCUAUGUCAAAAUCUACUUUGAAUUUGAUUAUCUUCUUGUCUUCACAUAGUUGUAUAAGCGUAAUCUUAUUUGUUCAAUUGAAGGAUAAACGUU